GAUUCUGUUCAUUAUAAUGUUAGACAGUGGUAUACCUCACGAGGUAGUAGCAGCCAUUGAUGUGAAUACAACUGCAAACAAGAUUUACAAGCACAACUUUCCUGGAACCAAGUUAAUGGAUUGUGGAAUUGAGUCACUAUCUGCCAAAAAGCUUGAUGAGAUGAAGAUAGAUAUGAUUUUGAUGAGUCCCCCUUGUCAACCAUUCACUAGAGUUGGUAAGAAACUGGACGCCAAUGACAUCAGAACCAGCUCUUUCCUUCAUCUGUUGUCCUUACUUCCAAGGUUAAAUAACUGUCCAAAGUACAUCCUCAUUGAAAAUGUGAAAGGCUUUGAAGAAUCUGACACUUGCCUUAAGUUACGUGAAACAUUAAGGGAAUGCAACUUUGCCUAUCAGGAGUUUUUGCUUUCACCACUCCAGUUUGGCAUUCCGAAUUCAAGACUACGAUAUUACCUCAUAGCUAAAAGAGAAUCUUUAAAGUUUUCUUUCGAAACUUCAGCAGAGAUUCUGACUAAACUGCCAGAGGAAAAUUACUUAAAGUAUGUCCCAGGGAAAAGUAGUACAUUUCAAUCCUCAAGUGAAAAUGAGUGUCAGACUGAAAAAACAGAUGUGGAACAUUCUAGCAAAACUGAGGACAGACAUACAGAAAAUAUGCCUAAUGAUUCUUCUCAGGGAAACAUUGCUAUGACAUGUCCAAUCUGUCGAGAGCAGUGCCUACAGACAGCGGGGCAUAACAUGAGACAGAUAACAGAGGAUGACUCCAGUCCUUAUCCUGACUGCUGCCCUGUGUUGAAUUUUUUAGAGAACAAACCUCCUGAGUAUUUUGAUUCCUUUUUGUUGACCAAAAAAGAACUGAAGAGGUUUCUCGUCAUGGACAUUGUGUUUCCUUGUUUACUAAAGACAACUUGCUUCACUAAAAGAUAUGGUCACUUUAUGGAAGGGGCAGGCUCCAUUUUCCAAAUGUCUACAAAUAUUUCUAAUAUGGAAAAAGCCAGUGAGUUAAAAGAUAGAACUCAAGAACUGAAGAAUAGAGAUGAUUGGUCAGAUGAGGAUUAUGAAGUGUUGUCACGGUUACAACUGCGAUACUUCACUCCUAGAGAGAUUGCCAACUUCCUAUGCUUUCCAUCCACCUAUGACUUUCCUGAGGAUUUAUCUCGAAUUCAGCUGUAUAGGACUUUAGGUAAUAGUCUGAAUGUCCAUGUGGUGUCUGCUCUUAUACAAUUAAUGGUUAAAAAUCCAGAAUGACGGGACCAGUGGAACUCAGAAACUGGAUAUACAAUGUGAUGCAAAGAACUUAUUUCUUUCAAAACGGAAACAGAAAAAAGAUGUAGGAAUUUAUUUCAAAAUCAUAAGAAAUGGUUGUAUUUUUGAGAAACAAGAUCAAAAAUGUAUGUAUUUGACAGUAAAUUUUGAAAAUGUUUUGUUUGU